AUGAUACCAGAAAAGCCCCUCCCCUGCUCAGACGAGUUCGCCUCGCCAGAGGCAUACGUCGAAGAGCUUCUCGAGUUCGCGACAUCCACAGACAUCUUCCAGAUCCUCUGCGGCGGCGUCCACGUCCUCGACUUCUUCACCAACGAGUCGGGCCUCUUCUCCCAGAUCCUGCCGCCGGAAUGGCAGCCUUUCCUCCUCUCCUACGGCACCGACGCCCUGCUGGACCUGCUCAUGAGGGAUGACCUCGAUAACCUGCCCCUGGACAACAUGUCCCUACCCCCGCCCGAGAGUUUUCUCACCUACAUCCGCAGCGUGCGCCGGCUCUCCCUCCGCCGGACCUUCUCCCCGGCCUCCGCGUCCGAGAGCAAGCCGCCGCCAAAGCUCUCCCGCUCCGUGGCCGUCGGCAUGAAGCCGAAAAAGGUGCACGAGGUCGCCCAUUUCGCGCGCUACGUCGACGCCCUCGCCGGCUCCAUCGCCUCCCGCUGGGGUAAAGAGACGACGCACUUUGUGGACUUUGGCAGCGGGCAAAACUACCUCGGCCGCACUUUGGCGCUGCCCCCCUAUAACCGCCACGUCGUCGCCGUCGAGGGCCGCGAGCAUAAUAUCGACGGCGCGAGGGGGCUCGACGUUCUCUCCGGCCUGGCGAGCAAAGAAGUCGUGAUGCGCAACAAGAAGCUCUGGCUGCAGAUGCAGGCCGACAGGCUCGGCACCGACGCCGUCAAGAAGGCGGCGCCGGCGAAACCGUCGCCCGAUUCAGCGGCUGAGGACUUUGACUUCCGUCCCAUCAAGGAGCUCGAGCCGCGCUACAACCGCGCGCUGGGUAAAGGUUCCGUCUCGUACGUGGUCGGCAGGCUGGAGAGCGGCGACCUGACCGAGGUCAUCGGGCGCAUCGAAAAGGAGGUCCUCCCGGAGGAGUCGGGCCAGGACCUCAAGAUGAUGGCCGUGUCGAUCCACUCGUGCGGCAACCUUUCGCACUUCGGCAUCCGCUCUCUCGUCAUGAACCCGGCCAUUCACUCCGUCGCCAUCGUGGGUUGCUGCUACAACCUCCUCACGGAGAAGCUCGGCCCGCCGACGUACAAGUUAGCCGGAUAUGCCCGACCCAGUCUACAAGCACUCAACGGCCGCGUCGUGCGCGAGUCGGCGCGGCGCGAUCCGGAGGGCUUCCCGCUCAGCGAGACGCUGUCAGGCUACAAGGGCCGUGGCGUACGAAUGAACAUCACGGCGCGGAUGAUGGCGUGCCAGGCGCCGCAGAACUGGACGCAGCCCGAGAGCGACGACUUCUUCACGCGCCACCUGUUUCGGGCGGUCCUGCAAAAGAUCUUUCUCGACCGCGGCGUUAUCUCAAAGGUCUACCACCGUGAAUCUGCUGCUGCCGACGCCAACACGGGCACGGAACCAGACCAGACGGAAGAGGAGAAGGAAUCCCCCUUUAACACGAGCACGAACCCCGUCAUCAUCGGCUCCCUCCGCAAAGCGUGCUACAAGUCUCUCAAGGACUACGUCCGUGGCGCCGUUGCCAAACUGACGACGAACCGCGAGUACAGCCAGUACAGCGAAGUCAUCCGCGACAAGAUGGCCGGCAUGACGGACGAGGAGAUUGAGUGGUACGAGAAGGCGUACGCGUCCCGCAAGAAGGAGGUCGCGGCCGUGUGGAGCCUCAUGGCCUUUAGCGCGUGCGUCGUCGAGUCGCUCAUCGUCACGGACCGCUGGCUCUUUCUCAAAGAGCACGACGAGGUCGUCCGGGAUUGCUGGGUCGAGACGGUGUUUGACUACGCCGAGAGCCCAAGGAAUUUGGUGGUCGUGGGCAUCAAGAAAUAA